GCCAUGCAUUCUACACCAAGAUAAAACUUGCGUACCCUUGAAGAACACAUCGACGGGAAAGAGUUCCUCCCCAUAAUCACAAAGGAAUCGUUCAUGAACACAUCGGUAGUCGGGUUUAGAGGAUGGGCAACGGCAGACGAUCACCUGGGUGCCACCAAUAAGUGAACGUUGAAGGUGAUACCAAACCGAGGUCUGGAGAGUCUUAGCACAGAGAUAGCGGGCCAUUGCAUAUGAUGCGUACCUUCGAACUUUUAGUGGAAAUUUCCCACCCAUUGACGACAAAUAGCUCAGAUCCAAUCUGGUAGAACGCGCCGCCUUCUUCUUGAAUGUGCGCACAGAAAGCCCCGUACCCGUCUUCAGCAUCGAUCCCAGCUCCUGCAGCUCCUUCUUCGAGGGCAGUUCCAGUCACACCAGCCUCUAUAUCCGCAAAGUCAACCGUCUCUAUCAUCGUUUCUGGCGUCCCCAUUUCAAAAGGCAAUCCAGCCGACUCUUUUGUCCAUGCCGGUUCAUCGAGGACCUCGAGAUUCAGGGCCGGAAUGGGCUUAACAGCCCUCGGGAGUCGUUUAGUCUGUUCCCGACGUCGUUUUCGUGUGGGAGUGAUCGUUGGAAGCGCAUAGGCCACAGUACUUGGGGUGGAAAGACCAAUGCGCUGUGUGGGCGACGGAGGGGGAGUUUCGAGCAAGAUCUGCGAGUUAUAAUCGUUGUCCGAGUUCAUGAUAGGUCUCUUUCUCCCUCAUGGGUCCUGAACGGAACCAGCCCCUGCUCCCCAAUGCCCGCUUUUGUGCAAUAUGCCCAUCUUUGGCAACCUGCCACCACCUUCCUUCUAACUUUCCGGCUCUAGGCACAAUAUUCACAUCUGGGGCGCCGCUCCCUGACGUCUACCAACAAUACCUCCCUCUCGAUUCGCCGUCACGUUCGAUUCACUAUCAGCUAACUCCUCAGCGUGAUAACACUCCUCCGUCACCCACCCCUUCCCAGUCUACUACGGCCUCCUCCACUCCGGUGCCCGAGGAAGUGCCCAAGAAAGUGCGCAUCCGAGUCACCAAGGACAACGCAGUGUUUGGCGAUGUCGAGGGAGCAAUGCGUGGAUCUCGUGCCUUCAGUUUCCCUCGCGCCAGGGAACUUCGAGCGCCACAAGAAGAGCAGAAGAAAUCUUCUCAACGUUUCUUGCGCGAGAUUCAAGACAUCAUCGAUAGGUGUGAACGCCUUUCCCUCGAAACUGGGUGCUGGCUUCAAUUAAGUGCCCAACACCUCUUUGCCAGCGGCGGCUUCCUUCACUACACGUCCCCUCGUUUGCGCAAGGAAGCUAAGCCCGAAGUGGAGAAGAUCACGACCGACUUGAAUCGGCUUUAUCUCAAACUCAUUGCGGCGCGGCACCAAGACACAAGGGCCAUGCAGGAGAAACUUCAACAAGCUGAGCAGAGUCAGAAGCUUGCUGAAAGCUCGCUUGCCACUGUUCAGCAAGCUGAGGCAGAAGCUCGCGAUCGCGCUCAAUUGGCUGAGUUGCGGCUGGAGGCUCAACGAAAGGAGCUUGACAUUCUGCGCAAGCAGAUGGAGCGUACUCGAAAAUAGAUCAUUUGUACCCGUAGCUCAGAGAAUUACAGUCACUGAAUUACAUUUUUGAGCCCGUCUCCUUGCGCUCGUAAAGUCCAGCGGUCGAUAUCACCCACCCAAUUCCGGCAGUGAGGCGCAACUGCCAUGUCGAAGGAAGGUUCUGGCCGCCAACCCUUGCAGUGAAGCGGCAGUCAAAGACAACCGCUAAAGAAGUCAAUUGCACAGCGUACAGCGGUCAUGUUUGACUGCGGGAGUGGGCCUCUCAUAGGCAGAUUAGUCUGACUGCGGAAAUGGGUGAUGGCAAUCGAACAUUACUGUGCAGAGCAUGGCGGUUAUUCUUGACUGCAGGAAUGAGAGGUGGAACAGCAGUCAACAUACACCGCCAGGUAUUGGCGGUCGAGAUCAACUGCACGACAUUCAGCGGGCUCGGCGGUUCUCGGCAAUUGUGAGUCUUGAGCAGUUAUAAUUCACUGCCGAUGGUAUCGAUGAUUCGGCAGGCGGAUUUCACUGCGAUACACGUCGUAGCCUCGCAGUCAGAUCCAGCUGCCUUGGCGCUGACUAUCCGGUAGUACAAUCUGGUGGUGGUGUGACGGCAGUCGGACGCAGCUGCGAGAUGGCGGCGGU